AUGAUAGAGGCCACCCUCGACACUGACCAAGACGACCUGGGAGUCGGGCUCCAAUUGUUUUACAACACCCAGAUCUUUCUCAUUGCUUUCAGUUUGCUGGCCUUGGCCGUGGCUUAUCUCUUCCUGCACGUGCUUACCCCAGGCAACACCUUGGCGCAACUGAUGGAGGAGGCCACCGUUUGCCCCACGUCUGCGGCCGCGCUCAGGAUGCUUGAGGCGGAGGUCGUGUCGCGAGAGACGAUCCGGGCACAGCGUGGCCAAGUGAUGGGCGUGGUCUUGUGGUUCAGUGGUGUGUUGCUGUCUUGGGGAUUCCACUACUACCAGAAGCUGUAUAUGAAGAAGUACGACGCCCAGCAUCAGACUUCCGACGACUACACGCUCAUGCUGGAGCACGUGCCGCCUGAGGUUACCUCCGAGCGCGCCUUGAAAGAGCGCCUGGAGAACGAGCUCAGUAUCCAGGACCGAAUCUAUGGCGUGAGUAUCGUGUACGACCUGCUACACAUGCCCGAGGAGGUCCAAGAGCGGAUCGGUGACAUGCUGGAGCACAUCAUCGAGUGGGAUGACAUCCAGAAUGGCUGGGCCAAGACGGACUUCUCGGUGUCCCCCGAUCAGCUCAAGCUGGAUUUGGAGAACGAUGCCGCAGAACUCAAGGAAAUCUUGCCCCAGUACUUGAGGGGCAGUGGCCGGGCGUACAUCAUCUUCAAAAACCAGGUGUCCAUGAUCCGGAUCCUUCGAGAAAGAAGAGGCAUCCGCAAGCACGCGCUUCUGCCCAGCAUGGGUGGAGACGCAGAUGCCCAGGACAUCAACAUGACUGCGAUUCGUUUCAGCGGGGACCAGCCCGAUGGCAUCCGGUUUUGGAAAGCCGAGGAGACUCCGGCGGAACGACGCGCCACUCUUUCAGCGCUGCCGGCACGCCAGUUUGCGUACAUCCUGGUGUACAUCGUUGUGGCCCAGCUGUUCUUCUACUUCAUGCAGAAGCCGUGGCACGACUCUUCGCUGGAAGGCGCCAGCGGGGCAAAGGGCGUACAGCUGGCGGGCAAGGGAGUCUUGCUCGUGAACUUCGCAAUUCAGACGGCUGUAGCCUUCGACGUGGACGAGGCCAAGUUCAUCCGCAUUGCGAAGGUGGAUCAGAUCACCUUCGUCUGGAAUGCAUUGCUCAUGGCCAUCACGUUGCUCUACGUCUUGAUCCAAGAGUGCAACAAAGCCGGGAUGAGCUCCACCUUCUUGCCCCCCGAGGAGGCCCAUACUGCAGAGUGGUGGCUCUGGCGACGCGAGCUGUUUCGAUCUGCCUCGGCGGAGAUCGAUGCCUACGAUGCGCUUCUGUCCGUCUUCACUGAGCAGACCAUUAUGCUUUACGUGCUUGGCGAGGUUGGCAACGUUAUCGGGCCUGUGGCCUUCUUUUGGUUCGCCCUCCGAGCCGUCUUCAUCCUGAACAUUGGUGGCUCUCCGAAGGCCAGGAUCCAGGAGGCUCUCCGCACAAUGCUGCCAAAGACGCGGUCCACCAUGACGCUUACUGCUCGAGAAGCGGAGAAGGCGCAAAUGCUGGUGCCACUGCUGCUGUGGAUGGAGUACACCUACGUGAUUAUUUUUCCAGGAAUUGCCCUCACGGCUCUCUAUUUCAUUGACUACAGCAUGCGGGUCUGGCUCGCCCAGUUGGCAUUCAGCGUUCUGUUCUUCCUUUGGCAGCGCUACGUGAUGCUUUGGCUGUACGGCAAGUCCCAGUUCGACUCCGAUGGGACUUACUUUUCCUUCAUCAUCGUGUGGGGGCUUGUGCUAUCCAUGGCCGCUUCUUCGUUCGCCUUGUGGGCAUACCGGUUGCAAGAGAUCACGGAGAGACCGUUCGCGGUAUUGAUCUUCGUCCUCAUCUUUUUGCUGACGUUUUUCAUGUACGUUGCCGGCAUCCUGUUCAUAGAGCGUGAUUUUCGGAAAGCCGGCAAGACCCUCGACGAUGAGAAUAUGAUGGGUCACGACCCUGGGUACAAGAUGAUCAUGGAGAAAACUGGGAUAUCUUGGUGGAAUAUGAACCCGAUCUAUGUCCUGAAGCAUCGUCUGUGCCCUGAUCUGCCAGGCUUCGAGGUGCACGACAAGUCCGUGGACUGUUGGCCUACAUGGUCGGAUGAGGGCUUCUUCGAGAAGGGCAAGGAGUUCCGACAUCGGCCCGCGAACCCAACGGCCAGCGGACCUGGCCUCCGCUUUCCUUGCUCAGAACUCGGGCGUUCGAUAUCUUUAGACGUGAAAAAGCCUGCGGUGGGUGCCAUGAAUGCCACGGCAUUGUUGCAGCAAUUGGAGGAUGAUGUCUUCUGCAAUGUGGACUCUGUAGAUGUCGCUGUGCCCCGUGGGCCGAUGGUACAGCUGCCAUGCGAGAUAUGCCCCGGCUUGACCCAGGAGCACUUCAUGAAAGAACGGAAGUCGUUCAUCCUCAAGAUGUUAGUGAGAGACUCCAAGACUGUGUUUCGCCAUCAACAAGAGUUCACCGACUUUGUGACGACGUGUGCCAAGGCCCAGGCGAAGGAUGACGCCGUCCGAAGAGCGUCCGUGCAGAAUCGCCUGGUCAACAAAGGAGCCCUUUCACCCAGUCUGGAAAGAUGUGGUGAUGGAAAUGCCUGGGAACAAGCAGAGUUAGCGAUUCUUCUUACAGCAGGCAGCGCUGUUUUCACCCCGCAACUCAGCGAAGACUGGCCCGACUAUGCUGAUGCUGGACUCGUUUCCGACCGUCCAAAGAUGGGCCAUUUGCGACUGCCGAUCGCUGAUGCUAGUGUCGCGCGUGGGGUGAAUUUUGCUAUCUCCAGACCUGGCGACAAGCGAGUCCUCCGGAUGUUGGCACGGAGGCAGCUGCUUGCUGUGACGUUGCGAUGGAGCUAUGCUCCUGGAGAAGUUAAAGUGCUCACCAGCUCGGAUGGUGGUAACUUCCAGGAGAGUGUUGGUUGGCGCAAGCUUUCGAGGCCGGAGCCCAGCGUCGAGGAGACAAUCUUGUUCCCAGAGCUGGUGGCUGCAAAGGCUGUGAAAGUCUUGAUGCGUGGUGCAAAGCCUUGGGGAUAUUUCGGCUUGUCCAAUGCAGUGGCGAUCGCGAGGCCGUCUGCCUUCAUGCUGGUCAGUGGUGUCCCAGCAGCUCAGGAGCAGUGUGUGGUCGCAUCAAGCAGCGGUGUGGCGGCAAAGCUGUGCGUUGAUGCGGUUGUGAGCGGCAACGGUGCAGAGAUCUUUGCAGGUGCAGGAGGCCAAGGGUCAUGGGUUGUCGCUCAAGAUGGGCAAGUCAAGCAGGGAAACACGUGCCUCGUAGUGACGGGAGCACAGGUGUCAGUAGCUGAUUGCGACGAUGCCGCGAUGACUGGCGGUGACAAGUUCUUUCAAGUUGCAGUUCCAGACCAUGACCCUGCCGCCGUGGUUGCCGUGCAAGAGGUAGGCGCGUUGCUGCGUGCCAGUGUGAAAAGGCAGCGCGCGCUUGUUGCUGCGCUCCAGCGUCUCGUUCCAAGAUUGGAUUCCUGCAAGCCGCAGACUACCAGCUUGGCUGUCAAGCAGACCUGGCCAGCCUUCCUCCAAUCAGGAUCGUCCUCCAGGCAUGCGGAGGGGUGA